CUCUCUUUCUCUGCCUAUGUCAGGCAUGACUGUGUGCCUCUGAUCUGCAUGGGCUCCUCCCCCAACUGAGCAGAGGUUCCCACACUGGGAGAGAAGCAUUUGAGGGAGACAGGUAUGGAAGGCAGCGCAGUGACCUCAGAGGCACUGUCUGGAUUGUCUCUGCCUUGGGGCAGAAAGGGAAAUUGCUGCUGGGCAUCCACCUCAGGUAAGGGAAAGAUGACUGGGCGAAAGACAGAGAGGACAUCCCGGGCGCCUCUCUCUAUGGCUCCCUUGACCUUUGAGGAGGUGGCUGUGUAUUUCUCCGAGGAGGAGUGGGCUCUGCUGGAUCCUGACCAGAGAGCUCUGCAUAGGGAAGUCAUGGAGAAUUACAAGACGGUGGCCUCUCUAGGGAACAGUUACGGCACUGGGGGACUAGAGAAGACCUGCCCUGGAAGUGGGUACCUGAGCAUCUGGGUGUUUGAUUGUUUGCUUGCUCCUCUGGGUUGCUGACUCUCAAGACAGUUGGAUUCCCUGAAAAAUACCAAAAACUGCUUUGUAAAAAAAUGGAAAACCCCCUUUUUUUCCUGAAUUUUUCCCGUUUUUUCCUGGGCCUUCACAUCUCUACAUGUCACCCUGCUGCUGAAAGAAUUGCACUGGCUACCUAUUAACUCAAGGUUCUGGGUUUGGAGCAGAAAGUUCAAGGUUCUAGUUUCGGUGUAUAAAGCCCUAUACAGCUUGGGACCAGGAUACCUGAAAGACCUUCUUAUCCCUUAUAUACCCAGUCGAUCACUGCGCUUUGCAGGUGAGGGGCUCCUGCAGAUACCAACUUAUCAGGAGGCCCGUUCUGCACAACUUGGGAAGCUUUAGUGUAGUGGCACCGACCCUUUGGAAUUCCCUCCCCUUGAAUAUUAGACAAUAUAUUGUUAUCUUUUUGACGCCUAUUGAAGACCUUCCUCUUUCAACAAGCUUUUUAAGUAGUGACUUUUAU